UGGCUGAACGAAGUCCAUUUUAGAUUAUUGUGCACGUAUUAUAGUUGAAAAACGUUCAUGUGAUAUCAAAAUUAGGUCGCAUCGCGAGGGGGUUAUAAGGGGAGGGCGGAGAAAAGCUAUGGCGGAAAACAGAAGUUCGGACAACGUCGUUAUGCCGGACAUUACCGAAGUUUCCGAACCCGAUCCAUUGGCGGCAAGGGCCGAGCACGACACGGAGAGGAGCGAUGGCGGCACGGUGUUGGCGAGUAGUAUCAAGAGCGCCAGGUUAUCUAGUGACUCCAAUGGCGUUGUCACGGUGCCGGUAUCCUUGCCUGUGGGCACACUUAUUACAGGAACGACAUUUAACGUGAUAACGUCCGACCAACUGCCGCACUUCAAGCCUAUGAUAUGUGUGGACAAUGGAUUCAUAUCUGGUGGGGCGGUGUCCGAAGACAUCAAGGCGACCCAUAUCGUCAUCCAGAACCCACCGACACCGCCGCCUACGCGCAAGGCUGCCCUGGAAGAAGGUGCGCCUACGUUAGCGACGCCCGCGUCUAUCACCACCGCCAAUAGUCGUACAUGGGCUGAGACUGUGCAUAUGCCCGUCCUUCCUAUUCGCUGUAAAAACACUUCUGCAGAGCUUCACAGGCACCGGUUCGGGUCAGGGGGUCGCGGUCGAUGUAUAAAGUAUGGCAUGGAAUGGUACACACCUAGUGAAUUUGAAGCCCUUUGUGGCAGAGCAUCGAGUAAAGAUUGGAAGCGCUCCAUCCGGUUUGGUGGCAGGAGUAUUCAAGCUCUGAUAGAUGAAGGAAUUUUGACUCCACAUGCCACUAGUUGCACUUGUGGAGCGUGCUGUGAUGAUCAGUCUGCUAUGGGUCCAGUUCGGCUAUUCACACCAUACAAACGGAAAAGAAGAAAUCAGGAAGGAGAGGAGAAGAAAACAAAAGUAAAGCGAGAUACCAGCAUAGUGGAAAGUGAAGUAGACAGCAUUCAUCAAACAAGCAACAAUAGUCACUCCAAGGAAGCCUGGCACACACUGACGGAAGGCUUGGAUAGUAGCACAGGAUAUCAUUUGUUGGAGAAUCCUGAUACUAGUACUGAUCUCACAGCAGCGGCGGAAGCGACAGGUUCUUCCAGCCCGCAAUGGAACAGCGUAGUGCAGUUGGCUCCGCUUGCAACAGGGCGGCGAGUCAGGCCUACGCUCAGCAAUCUUCCGGACAUGAACGGAGUGUUGAAGAGGCUGGAUGACAUCGGCCAGACGUUAGUCCGACUAGCGGGGGAGCUGAAGCAGUGCGUGGAAGACGUCCGGCUGGUCAGCAGUCGGCAGUUGGAAAGAUUGGAGCAAGAGCGUGCGUCGGCGCUGCUGGCCGCCAGUGUUGACGCGCAAGUCGACGCCGAACAAGUCUCCUUGCACAAUGUCGAGGAGACAGACUCUAAAAAGUGCGCGAACUGCAACCGCGAGGCGUCAGCGGAGUGUUCCCUCUGUCGACGGACGCCAUAUUGUUCGACGUACUGCCAGAAGAAGGACUGGGCGUCGCACCAGGUGGAGUGCCUCCGGUCCCUCCCAGCCAUCCACGACUCACAGCAACACCAAUCCAUCAUGCUCAUAGUUGAGAGUCAACAUCAUCAAUGAGAAUCGGAGUGUUUGCUGUGUGCAGCAAAUGAAAGUGCGCUUAGGGGUGCUACAGACUAACGUAAUUUGGUACAAACCACCUGUGCGGGACAGUGCUACUCAACAGCAUACGCAGUGAACGAUGCGUUACCUUAAGGUACAGUGUACUUAUUAGCCAAACAAUAUGUGUAAUGAAGAAGAAUAAUUUCUAUGUUUUAAUGUUAUAUAUUUUAUAAUUAAAAUAUGUGUCCUCACACCUCUUUGUUGAUCGGUACUCUUAAAAUGAUAUUGGUGUCAGAUUUUGUGUGCAGGUAAGCACCGUGUAACAAUAGCAAUCAUUUUUUUUAUUCUUCCUUUUAUUAACAUAGUCUGGUAUCUAUUCAUAAAAAAAAACUUUCUGGGGGCUAAAAAGUCCACAUCGAAGCAAUUCAUCUAAAAAACAAUAUUGCUCUUUGACAUUGCAUUGCGUAUUUGCUUUUAUGUGCGUAAAUGCUAAUUGCAGUAUUGCUUUUUUAGAUGAAUUGCUUCACCCCCCUGUUGUUCUUAUACAAUGUAAGCGAUCAAAAUUGGCGUUAGCUCAGUAAGCCCAAGUAGUAUUUAAUUUAAUAUGCUUGAUCUCGUUUUUAGGGCAUAUGACUGCGUUUUUUUUAAUGCCGAUUGACAUUGUGGUAGAAGUGAAGUGACAUAAUAUAUUAUUAUAAUAACUGGAUGAUCAAUAGUUUCUUCUGAACUUAUAUUUUAUUCUACUUAUUUUUAUGACAAAAUCACUUUACAUUCAUUCCCUAUUUGAAUGAAUAUAAGAAAGAGGUUUUAUUAACUUGACGAUGUAAUUUUGCAGGUUAUUAUGAAUGCUAUGAUAGCUUACAUUCCGAAAUAUUUAAUUUAAAUAAAGUUAAAUCUCAAAUAAAAUCCAAGUCGAAUCAUUGUCAAAUUGCUAUAAUGAUAGUGUCAAUUGUUGAAAUUGUUACCUGCUGAGAACUUUUUGGAAAUUAAUUUAUUUAAUCAUUUUUUUUUUGUAAUCAGUAAAGUUUUAUUUUUGUUAUCAGCAGGUAACCGUUUCAACAAUUUUACAAUAAUCCUUAGUUUUACAUUUUUAAAUUAGUAAUUUUAAUUUAGAACUAUCAUGCUACAAUUCAAGUUAAUAUAACCCUCCUUUUUGCUUUUUUGCAGUUGGGUAAACUUCUUUAUAAUUCAUUUAAAUAGAGAAAAAAAUAAAGUGCCCGUAUUUUUUUUUGCACAUGAGUUUUCUAGUUCUGCCAGGUUUGUGGAUCACUAGUCCACAUAGUCACAAGGCAGUGACCAGUUGGAAAAUGAAAUCUUAGCUAAGUAAAUACUAUCAAUAGAUGUUAAACAUAUUUUUAGCCAAAUAUAUUAUAAUGUUGCUUAAUUAUGUAUCGUCCGUUGCCCAUUUGUUAAUGGAUAUAACGCAAUUAUUUUCUUCCAGCUUCAUACUGAAUCUUUCCAAUUAGAUUAUUUCAUUUUACAUAGGCAUAAAGGUUUUAGUUAUGGCCUAAACAUUAAUUUAUUGUUUUAUAGUUACCACUGGUUGUAAGAACUUUUUUAGUUGUUCUGUUACCAAAUAUUAAUAAAAUAUGUUAAAUUGUAAGGGGGCCUCUUUUUUGUAAAAUUGAAAAGAUGAAAUCUUGGACGCACUGACUUACUAAAUAAGAGGCCUGGGGUUCUAGUAAGGGCUGGCGCAAAUUUAUGGAGCGGCUGCUAGUUUUCUGAGUAUUUUCGCUCUAUCGCCAAUUCGUAGGAGUGCGCUAACCCCAAGGCGAAUUAGGUGGAUGCUGUUGGAAACGAUGUAAUAGAUAUUUUUUCAAGCAAAAAUACAUAAUAUUUAAUCCACUAAAAUAUAAUAUUAUAUUUCUAUUAAUAAUCUCAUCAAAACCAGAGUUUUGUAUAACAUAAAUUUUCUGUACUAUUAUUUUUUAAUUGUGAUUCAGUCAAUGCUGUUUGACGUAAUAUUUAAAUUAUGAAGUUGUAGAGUAUUUGCAUCUGAUUGCAUCGACACUCAUCUACUCGACAAGACAUCGCGAUAUUGAAAAACUCUAAAGAGUAUUGACUUUAAUGUACAUGCGCUUUUGUUGUAAAUUUAAAUACCUAAGUGAUCGUCUAAAAAUGUAGUCAUAAUAAUAACGAUACAUAUUUAUUUUUAUAAACCAAGCGGAAGUCCAAUGUAGGUUUAAGUUGUAGCAAGCACAAACAUUGAAUGAAAACAUUUCUAUCGAUGAAAAGGUUGAUUUAAAAGUCCGAAUUGUAUCAUGCAAACCACAUGCAAACUGAUUAGGUAUAAGAUUCCGAAUCAAGUAGGUGGAACGUGUCAUAAUUUUUAUAUUAAUAAUGGUGAUAAAAGAUAAGGUUUAUGAUAAUGUAAAAUAGUCAACUGUUAUCCCGAUAAUUUCUGGGCUUACUAAACUUAAUUUUUUUAAUACAUAAACUAUUUUGUUGAAUAUCGUUCGUUUUUAUCACGAAAUAGAGGAAAAUGUUUGGAAGGGCCAAGAGAGCGCGAAACACGCGCCAUACAAGUAUGAGCAAAUAGUUCGUACUUUGCACUCCACCCGUUCGCAAACUUUACGACGCACGGAACUCCGCGAUACUAAAUUAAAAAGUCGACUUGUGCCUUGUAACUUGCAGGGCACAAAAUCAAAUAUCGACUAUCAUGCAAGGAGAUCCCUUAAGAAAGAGGGAAGCUAAAAACCUUAGAGUGAUCGGCUAUUUACCAAAAAAUAUUUUUGUAUGCAGUAUCUUACGAAAAGUUGUGAUAAAAUUGCCGGUAAAGUGGCUGUGGAUUUGGGAAGCAGUAGCUGCCACAGAAACGCUGUUUGAAUCAUCUGAUAAAGAUGUAAAGGCCUGAGAUGAUGAGAGCUAUCGUAGUUAUCUGUUUGCAGAAGUAGUAGUAAAAGAGAGUGGAGUUAAAACGGCGACCGCGGUUCUCAUACAAAAUGCGCGUUUGGGCGUUUCCAACCUCUUUCUUCUAUUCCGUGAUUUUUAUCAGCGCACCGUCUUCAGGUAGUUUACUGGUAGUUAAGAUCUUUGUACAUCUAACGGUGCGGCAACAGAUCAACUCACUUUAUCUAUUUUGUUAUUUAUAUCGCUUUAACACGAUAUAGUGAUACAAUGUAAAAUAUAAAACAAUACACAAAUAAGAAUACCGAACACUUCCGAAUAAUACACCAAUUUAUAACAAUAUAAUAUUAAUGAAAUAUACUGUAAAAUACUACUGUUAAUGCAUAUAAUAUACAAUGAUACUGUUAAAAUAUAUUUUUCUAUGUAAGCAGAAUUUUUUGCUCCAUAGUAAUUCAACAUGUUUGUGUAUAUGCUCUAUCGCAUUAGUGGUUGCUUAUGGUGCAAUAACUCACUCACGCUUGCUUCUCACAGAGCCGGGAAGUUGCGUCGCGAGAUUUUUCUUUGAGAUUAUUUUUCAUACAAAAUAGGCUACUUGACAACCUAGUGACUAGGUCAUAGUCCAGUGGUUCCUAACCUUUUUAAUGUCACUACCCCUGUGAAGGUAAGAAGAGUUUACCCCUAAUUUAAAAUAAUUAAAACCACACAAAUUCGAACGAAUAUAUGUUUAUUAUGUAAGUAAGAAAAUGCACGUUUAGGUAACUAGUAAAUCUCGGAGUUAACUAAUGUGAAGGUUGAAAUUGCUUUACAUUCGCAAGUUUGACAAUAUUAGGUUCGCUUCCAUUCAACGGGCAUUUCAUUUCAUGCUCAACAUUCAGACGGAUUCUGGCUUUUGUUUUUAAUGUAACAAGAGUUAUACUAUCUCGUGCCAUCCCUUGUUACCGUGAUCUCCAUUUUACCCCUGAGGGGUAAUUAUCCCCCAGGUUAGGAACCACUGUCCUAGUCGAAUGAGAUACUUUUUACGAAACGUCAAAACUCAAGGUUCCUUUGGAGUUUGUACGGCAAUAAUGUCCUGUGACGUCAUCAAUAAAACCGGUCAUACGCCGUACUCAUCAUUACUUAAUUCAUAAAUAAAAUUCGAAUAAAUGUCAAAAAUGAGAUGGAUUUUUGUUCAUCUUAUACUGACUUCUAUUUCUAGAUUAGCAUUUUCUAAUUUAUCUUUGGGCCAAUCAAAUACCCUAUUGAUUUCAUUUCAUGCUCAACAUUCAGACGGUUUCUGGCUUUUGUUUUGAUGAUACCCUAUUGCAAAAAUACCCGCUUGUCCAGUUUUCCCGGCUCAUAGCUAUUAGUGCAUUCAUUAUUACUCUAAUAUUAUAAACAUCAGGGAGUCUAAAAAGCCAAAUUGAGGCAAUUCAUGUCAAAAUUGCAAUUUGACAUUUGCACAUGUAAAAGUAAGUGCACAAUGUUAACAAACGUCAAAUUGCAAUAUUGCUUUUUUAAAUUAAUUACUUCAAUAGCCCAGUUGGAAGAAUGUGCUAUGAAACCACUAUGAGAUCGCAGGUUCGAAUCUAGCAUGGGCCUAAACCUAUGAUUUUCGAAGUCGUUUUUCGAAUUCAUGUUUGGAUCAUAAAUGAUUAUCACGUUCUCAGUGGUGAAGGAAACCGAAGAAAUGCGUUUCAGAGGUAUGUGACCUAACAUGUAUUGGGCUGGUUUUUCCUUCGCGGGUUGGAAGGUCAAAGAUGCAGUCGUUUCUGUAAAAAACCGGACCUGUCAAAUCUCCAGAUUAGGUAAGCGGACCCUGUGAAACGGGAUAACGCUAGGAAAAUUUAAUGCAGAGGCAAAUGCUUUCCAGAGAGAAACUUUGCUCUCAUUGUAUUCUAGAGUUCUCUAUUGAGUUGUCUAUGGUAUUGAAUGAACGAAACCGGGGAAGAGCCUCUAUGCUCCACACUUGUUCUAAAUUGAAUCUAUAAAAAGACGUUAAAAAUAUGAACGAAACUCGAACAAAAAUGACCAUGAGUCUAUUAAACCGUCUAAAAACCAGAAAAGUAAAGUUACUUUUUAAGUUUUUGCUGCCUAUAAAGGCUCUAAUUUCUUGUAAAAUUUACCUUUACCACUUCUCUGUGUCGUCGCAGUAGUUUAAUUCCUCACUACUUCGUUCUUCGACCACAUCGAUUACAAAUCAAAUUCCAAAGGUAUAUUGAUAUCGGCCUUGAUGGUAAAUCAUAAUCGUUCAGUCUUAAAUUGGUACUAAUAGUAAUUUAUUUGAUGAACUAGGUACUUCAUUGUAUUUGUCAGCCAACAUUUUGAUCCAGACAUCGAACCUCUAUUCUGUGUGUGCCUAGCCUUAGAAUAAAGAAUAACACUGCGUAACAUAAUGGGGGACUAAAAUGGCCACAUCGGCUUAAU